AGGCUGCCGUAGCCCGGAAGGGCGCUCCCCGGCGGCCGCAGAGGCGCGCCGCCUGCUCCGGCAGUUUCACUUUCGGUUUCGCCCGGGCUUCGGCGGAGGCCCGAGCUGCGCGCCACCUGGAGCGGGGGUUUGGGUCCCGGCCGCCAGAUUUCUGAUCAGGAUUGUUAAAAUGAGUCUACGGAAGCAAACCCCCAGUGACUUCUUAAAGCAAAUCAUCGGGCGACCAGUUGUGGUAAAAUUGAAUUCUGGAGUGGAUUAUCGAGGGGUCCUGGCUUGCCUGGAUGGCUACAUGAAUAUAGCCUUGGAGCAGACGGAAGAAUAUGUAAAUGGACAGCUGAAGAAUAAGUAUGGUGAUGCAUUUAUCCGUGGAAACAAUGUAUUGUAUAUAAGUACACAGAAGAGAAGGAUGUGAAGAUGCCAAGAGGACAAUCCUUUUCACACUUGGAUAUAUUUUUUGUAUGAGGGUUUUUGCUUUGUUUUGUUUUAUUUUGUUUUGUUUUUUUGUAUGAGGGUUUUUGCUUUGUUUUGUUUUAUUUGUUUUGUUUUCUUUUGUGACUUGUCCUGUUUCAUAAUAGUUGGCAAUUUUUCACUGACAUGCGAGUGAGCGAAGGGCACAAAAUUGUGGAUGUAGUGUAAAGAGCUCCUCCAUAUUUAAGUUCCAGGCAUCUUCUUUUCCCUCUGUGUCAGUGUGCAGAACACAAAUGAAUAAAAAAAGAAAAUCCA